AUGUGGAUAUUUUCUUGGUUUUGUGCCAUUUUAAUUAUCUUGGCUAUUGCUGGUGUGGACACAAUAGUAAAGACCACACCAUAUACCAAAUUCACGAAGAAGUCUGAGGGAAAAGAGAUGCCAAAGGAUACAAAGCCGUCCAGUGGCCAACCUCCAGAAGAAGAAACCCCCUUCACAGAAGCGGCUGAAAUGGCAGAACCAACCCCUGACCCCUCAGCUUUCAAUUCUGUCUUUGGUGCUGCCACCCUCUUCCCCUCUGAAAACCUCACUCUUGACACGGCUGAUUUCUUCUUGAAUUGCUGUGAUUGUUGUUCAUCUGGACCAGGGCAAAAAGGAGAACCUGGAGAGACUGGAAAGCCAGGUUUUAAGGGAGAAGCUGGUGAUAUGGGGAUCCUAGGGCCACCAGGAGUCACUGGACCCCAAGGUCCAAAAGGCCAGAAAGGAGAGAAGGGACUUAAGGGAGAACGUGGGGAGCAAGGAACAAGUGGAGUUCCAGGAUACCCAGGAAAACCUGGAGUACCAGGUGGACUUGGUCCUAAGGGGGAUAGAGGAAACAUUGGCCUGGCAGGAAUGAAAGGACAAAAAGGCUCGAAGGGGGACACGUGUGCCAAUGGUACCAAAGGAGAGAAAGGAGAUAAAGGAGACCGAGGGGUUGUGGGUGCACCAGGCUUGAAUGGAGAGCCUGGGGCCAAGGGAGACAAGGGGGAGAUGGGGGAUAAGGGCUACUGUGGAGAUUCUGGGGAGAGGGGGGGAAAAGGAGAAAAAGGCGAGGAGGGCAUGAAAGGAGAAAAAGGUAGCAAAGGAGAUAUUGGAAUGGAAGGGAAAAGUGGUUCAGACGGGCUGCCUGGUCCCCAAGGUAAUCCAGGAGUUAAAGGAGAGAAGGGAGAGUUGGGGCCUCCUGGUCUUGUGGGACCUGCAGGGCCAAAGGGUGAACUUGGGAGCAAAGGGGUCCGAGGGUCUAUUGGGAAGAAGGGUUCUCGGGGCCUCAAGGGCUCCAAGGGGGAGGUGGCCAGAGUCCCACAGUCAGCUUUCAGUGCUGCUUUAUCCAAGCCUUUCCCUCCUCCAAAUGCCCCUAUCAAGUUUGACAAGGUUCUCUAUAACGACCAAGGGAACUACAGCCCUGUCACUGGGAAAUUUAACUGUAGUAUUGCUGGGGCAUAUGUUUUUUCCUACCACGUCACCGUGAGGGGCCGACCUGCUCAGAUCAGCCUGGUGGCCUGGAAUAGGAAGCAGUUCAAGUCCAGAGAAACGCUCUAUGGUCAUGAAAUAGACCAGGCCUCUCUCCUCAUCAUCUUGAAAUUAAAAGCAGGGGACCAAGUCUGGCUGGAAGUUUCAAAAGAUUGGAAUGGGGUGUACGUCAGCACUGAGGAUGAUAGCAUUUUUACUGGGUUCCUUUUGUACCCAGAGGAAAACCCUGGCAUUUCACCAUAA